UCUUACGCCUUGAUCCAGCUCGUGUUCCGAUUUUUGGAGCAUGCUUGCAGAUUUUAUUCGGAGUUGAGUAGGAGCUGAAGAGGGCAGUCAAAAUGGAUGCAGACAAGAGUUUAAGUGUGCUGGAAGCAAUCAGCAAAGAAACUGUUGAUUUGGAGAACAUACCUAUUGAGGAAGUUCUUGAAAAAUUGAAGUGUACCACGGCUGGUCUGACUUCUGAUGAGGUUCAGGAACGUCUCGAAGUUUUUGGAUACAACAAACUAGAAGAAAAGAAGGAGAGCAAAAUACUCAAGUUUCUUGGGUUUAUGUGGAAUCCUCUGUCAUGGGUUAUGGAAGCAGCAGCCAUCAUGGCAAUCUCGAUGGCUCAUGGAGGCGAUAAGGGAGUGGAUUUCCAUGACUUUGUAGGCAUUGUUGCGCUACUUAUAGUCAAUUCAACCAUAAGUUUUAUGGAGGAAAACAAUGCAGGCAAUGCAGCUGCAGCCUUGAUGGCUCGGUUGGCUCCAAAAGCUAAGAUUUUACGUGAUGGAAAAUGGAGUGAACAAGAUGCUUCUGUCCUAGUCCCUGGAGACAUUAUUAGCAUCAAAUUGGGAGACAUCAUUCCUGCUGAUGCUCGUUUACUUCAAGGGGAUCCGUUAAAGAUUGAUCAGUCCUCACUUACAGGAGAAUCACUGCCAGUGACUAAAAAUCCCGGUGAUGGAGUAUAUUCGGGCUCAACAUGUAAGCAAGGAGAAAUAGAAGCAGUUGUUAUUGCCACUGGAGUGCACACAUUUUUUGGAAGAGCAGCUCAUCUUGUUGAAAAUACUACGCAUGUUGGCCAUUUCCAACAGGUCUUGACUGCAAUAGGAAACUUCUGCAUUUGCUCGAUUGCUAUUGGGAUGGUUAUUGAGAUCAUUGUGGUGGCUAGUCAACACAGAAAAUACCGUCAAGCUGUAGACAAUCUUCUUGUUCUACUAAUUGGCGGUAUCCCCAUUGCAAUGCCUACUGUUCUUUCAGUUACUAUGGCCAUAGGUUCACAUCGCUUAUCUCAGCAGGGUGCCAUAACAAAGAGAAUGACCGCAAUUGAGGAGAUGGCCGGGAUGGAUGUCUUAUGCAGUGAUAAAACAGGCACCUUAACUCUCAACAAGCUCACAGUUGACAAAAAUCUAAUUGAGGUUUUUGCCAAAGGUGUCGACAAAGACACAGUUGUCUUGAUGGCUGCAAGAGCAUCUCGAAUAGAGAACCAAGAUGCCAUAGACACAGCAAUUGUGUCCAUGCUGGGGGACCCUAAGGAGGCACGGGCUGGUAUCACCGAAGUUCACUUCCUCCCGUUUAAUCCAACUGACAAACGGACAGCUCUAACGUACAUAGAUGGUGCUGGAAAUAUGCACAGGGUGAGCAAAGGUGCACCAGAGCAGAUUCUCAGUCUAGCAUGGAACAAAUCAGAAAUUGAAAAAAGAGUGCACACAAUGAUAGACAAAUUUGCUGAGCGUGGACUUCGGUCUCUGGCAGUUGCUCGCCAGCAAGUACCUGAGAACACCAAGGACAGUGCUGGUGGGCCCUGGGAAUUCGUCGGCCUUAUGCCUCUCUUUGAUCCACCUCGCCAUGACAGUGCUGAAACAAUUAGAAGAGCUUUAGAACUUGGAGUGAGUGUCAAGAUGAUCACAGGUGAUCAACUUGCAAUCGGGAAGGAAACUGGGAGGCGCCUUGGCAUGGGGACAAACAUGUACCCAUCGUCGUCAUUGCUUGGUGAACACAAGGAUUCUUCACUGGCAACUCUAUCAGUUGAGGAACUUAUUGAGAAGGCUGAUGGUUUUGCUGGAGUGUUCCCUGAGCACAAGUAUGAGAUAGUAAAAAUAUUACAAGGAAGAAAGCACAUAUGUGGAAUGACUGGUGAUGGAGUUAAUGAUGCACCUGCACUAAAGAUAGCAGACAUAGGAAUUGCUGUGGCAGACGCAACAGAUGCUGCCCGCAGUGCCUCUGACAUUGUUCUAACUGAGCCGGGCCUAAGUGUGAUCAUCAGUGCUGUUUUAACAAGUCGUGCCAUCUUCCAGAGGAUGAAGAACUACACGAUAUAUGCAGUAUCGAUCACAAUACGUAUUGUGUUGGGAUUUUUGUUGCUGAGUGUAUUUUGGAGGUUCAAUUUCCCUCCUCUGAUGGUUCUGCUCAUUGCGAUUCUAAAUGAUGGUACUAUCAUGACAAUAUCUAAAGACAGAGUCAAACCGUCGCCACUUCCAGACAGUUGGAAACUCACUGAAAUUUUUGCAACUGGAGUUGUCAUAGGAACGUACCUCGCCUUGACUACUGUCAUAUUUUACUAUGGAAUGGCUGAGACUAGUUUUUUUGCGAAGCAUUUCCAUCUAGAUGAUUUCAACAAGCACAACUACGAUGCCUAUCUUAAAACUCUCGGGAAAGAAGAGUCCAAGAAACAGACCAAAUUUAUAAAUGGGCGUCUAAGUUCAGCUGUGUACCUUCAAGUCAGUACCAUAAGCCAGGCCCUGAUAUUUGUCACGCGCUCCAGGGGAUGGUCAUUUACUGAAAGACCUGGCUCUCUUUUAGUUUGUGCCUUCAUCGUCGCUCAGUUAAUCGCGACUGUCAUAUCUGCUGUGGUGACAUGGGAUGUUGCUGAAAUUGUCAAGAUUGGCUGGAAAUGGACUGCAGUUAUUUGGAUAUACAACAUUUUGACUUACCUCCUGCUUGAUCCAAUCAAAUUUGGUGUCCGAUAUGCACUCAGCGGAAGAGCUUGGGGUCUGAUACUUGAGCAGAAAACGGCAUUCACCACACAGAAGGACUUCGGCAGGGAAGCUAGGGAAGCAAAAUGGGCAACAGAACAGCGUACACUUCAUGGCCUUCAGUCAAGCGAAACAAAAAUGUUUGCUGACAAUUACAACAUCAGGGACAUUAAUAUUAUGGCUGAAGAAGCAAAAAGGCGCGCAGAGCUUGCACGGUUGAGGGAGCUUCACACUUUGAAAGGCAAAGUAGAGUCUUUCGCAAAGUUGAGGGGAUUAGACAUAGAUGUCAACCCACAUUACACAGUCUGAUCAGAUUUCCAUGUAAUUCCGCUAGUAGGGUCUCGGGCAUCUUUAUUCUUGCUCGGACGAGUAGAGAUGCUGUUUUCAUAAAGACCCAGACUCGUUUCAGUUUUUUUUUUUUUUGUAUGGGAAGCAAUUUCAGUUUGUUUUUUUUUUUUUUGUAUGGGAAGCAAUUCCUUCUUCAUUCUUGGCUAAAAGAUUAUAAUUUGAAUAAAACAUUAAUGCUUUUUUCUGAUA